UUAGAUGAACCACGUGACUUUGAAGGGAAUCCACGACAGCAAGAUGGCGUCUUCACAAGCAAGCGAACGAAGAGUUGCUCUUAUCACCGGUAUUACAGGACAGGAUGGUUCCUACCUGGCCGAGUUUCUUCUUGGCAAAGGAUAUGAAGUCCAUGGAAUUAUCAGAAGGUCUUCCUCCUUCAACACCAGCCGGAUUGAACAUCUAUACGCUGACCCCAAGUCUCACCGAGAAGGAUCAAAUGUCCCAAGAUCAAUGCACCUGCAUUAUGGUGACAUGACCGACAGCACCUGCCUCGUGAAGAUCGUGAGCCAGGUCCGUCCCACAGAGAUCUACAACCUGGCCGCACAGAGUCAUGUCAAGGUUUCCUUUGAACUGGCCGAGUACACAGCCAAUGUUGAUGCCGUGGGAACACUGCGAAUGUUGGAUGCAAUCAGGACAACCGGACUUACAGACCAAGUGAAGUUCUACCAGGCCUCUACCAGUGAACUGUAUGGAAAAGUGCAGGAAAUUCCGCAGAAAGAGACCACCCCCUUCUAUCCACGCUCCCCGUAUGGUGUAGCCAAGCUGUAUGGGUACUGGAUCGUCAUCAACUACCGUGAGGCGUACAACAUGUUUGCUUGCAAUGGCAUCCUCUUCAACCAUGAGAGUCCACGCAGAGGUCCCACUUUUGUGACACGUAAAAUCACCCGGGCUGUGGCCAAGAUCACCCUCGGUCAGCAGGAGGAGCUGCAGCUGGGGAACCUCGACUCCAAGAGAGAUUGGGGUCAUGCCAAGGACUAUGUUGAGGCAAUGUGGAUGAUGCUCCAGCAGAAAGAGCCUGAAGACUUUGUAAUCUCAACCAAUGAGUACCACAGUGUGAGGGAGUUUGUCGAGAGGGCCUUCAAGAUCGCCGACGUAGACAUUGUGUGGGAAGGUGAGGGUGUCAACGAGGUGGGGAAGGAUAAGAAGACUGGAACUGUUCGAGUGAGGGUCAACCCCAAGUACUACAGACCUACAGAAGUGGAGUUCCUGCUCGGAGAUUGCUCAAAGGCUCAGACGAAGUUAGGAUGGAAGAGGAAGUACUCGUUUGAUGCCCUUGUCAAAGAGAUGGUGGAGGCUGAUGUGAAGCUGAUGCAGGCCAACCCAAUUGCAUAGGCAUGUGAAGAAAAUGGUGACAGCAUCGGAAGUGGCAACAUCUGGGAAUUGUCUCGAGCGACCAUUAACUGUAUGGUACAGGAAAACAUAAGGAACACAUGUGUCAGCCAUCUUCAAGACAAGUUUGUGUCAUUGACUGCUUCAUGUACAGUGUUUUUAUGUUGGAAGAAAAGGAGCAUUUAUUGAUAAGAAUGUUGUCCAGUACCUAUCAAACUGGUUGUUGGUGAUGACUACUCACCUGAUGUGGGACAGUAGCAGGGGAAUCUUGUUGCGUGUAGUAGAAGGGAAAUAGUUUUGUAAAGUAGCCAAAAACUGAUAUGUCAUUACACAGGAGAAGUCUUUUCUGUAGAGGUUCAAGGGCCAGUGUUCUGUACUAGGAUUUUACUAUUACUGAAAGUCUCUCUCAAAGUCAUGCUUCCGGAAGAAAGUCUGUUUAUCUGAAGGAGUCAUGCUUUCCAAAUGACGUCAUGCUCCCUCAAUGAAACCAUGUUUUCUGAAGGAGAUCAUCCUCUCUCAAUAGUCACGCUCUCUCAGUGACGUCUCUGAAGGAAGUCAAUGAACUAAGCAUGACUGAUCAAGCUCUCUGAUCUGUAACGUGCUCCAGCUCCUACAGAGACCACUUCUUGCUUGGCUUCAGGAGCUGUGGCUUGUGUUGGUGCUGCUGCUGCUGCUGCUUGUUGGGAUGCACCAGGACCCAAUGAAAGCUUGUUAGCUCAGACAAUGUACCUAGACCUCCGUAUUUGCAGAUACUCAGCUGCAUGACAAAUCAAUUUAUUUCUGUUGUUUCAUUUGUAAAAAUAUUUUAGUCUUCAAAUGCUAGGGAAUACCCAUUUUGUGUGGGUAGACAAGAUUUGAGUGUAUGAAGCUUUGGGGGUUAUAUUGUGGACCAUCUUAAGUGCUAUUUGGUUUUUCUUUGUUUUCAUUGUCAGACAUGGAAGUUGUUAUGUUUUCAUUCAUAUUUUAUGCAUAGUAUUUAUAACAAGUUGAUAAACCACAUCGUGUAUCUCAAGGCUGAAUCUCUGAUGGCUGAAGCAUGGUUCUACUGAUCUCUGUGUUGAUUUUGCUUUAUGUGCUACCAUAACAUACACUAACACUAUAUCAGUCACCAUGUCUACUGUAAUAUAUAUCAGUGGCAAUAUCACCUGAUGUCCUACAGUAAUAUAUUUCAGUGACAUCAUCACUUGAUGUCCUACAGUAAUAUAUUUCAGUGGCAGUAUCACUUGAUGUCCUACUGUAAUAUAUUUCAGUGGCAGUAUCACUUGAUGUCCUACUGUAAUAUAUUUCAGUAUCACUUGAUGUCCUACUGUAAUAUAUUCAGUGGCAAUAUCACUUGAUGUCCUACUGUAAAAUAUUUCAAUGGCAAUAUCACAUUAUGUUCUACUGUAAUAUAUUUCAGUGUCCUAACGUAUUAUAUUAUAAUUCAGGACAACCGUGCGUCUCUACUUCAGAUGGAACUUUGACUUCAGUCAACCUAGUUGAGAUCAUUAGAGAAAUCAAAUUUAUGACUUGGCCCAUAUUGUAUGUUGAAUUGAAUAGGGUUUCACCAUACUAUAUGCAACACUUGCGUGUGACAUAUCAGUUGUUAUUUUUGCUCCAUGAUAAUUUUUCAGUUGUACACAAUAUUGUUUUCAUGUAUGAGAUUGAAUGCUAAAUAGCUUCAGAAAUAUAUAUUGAGAUGCAAAAUGGCUGAUCACAAAUAUCAUUGUUUAGUCAUUUGUAAUUCCUCAGGAAUGUAUAUUCCAUAAUAAAUAUAUGCACCUGAAAUGUUCAGUGUCAAGUUUCCACUUGCCUCAUCUGAAUAAAUGCCUGCUCUCAAUCAACUCUAAUACUAAUUAAAGUCCAAACCAUCAAAGUUGUUUGUAUGUUUGAUAUAUCUGUAAAUGUUUAGUAAUUUUGGUACUUAAUUACUGGAGAUUCCAAUUUAUGCCUUUUCCUCUUUUGAAGGAUUGGUAUACAUGUAAAUAUAUGUGGAGGCCAUGUUGUCAGUAUGCAAUGGUACUCUAAUGCAGAAUCUCGUUCCUCAGUGCAUUAUGUUUGUGAAGUGUAUUUUCAUGAAUUAAGCCAGGAUUUUCUGGAUUGACACCUGCAAGUCAGAUUCAUUUUUGUACAUGUUAAUUUUGAAAACUGCAGAACAGAAAGCAUGUCCCUGAAGUACCGUCCAGAAUGGACCAAGAACAAGCUUGAUAGUUUGAUAGUUUUCACUUGCUAAAAACUGCUAUUAUAACAAAUUAGUUUUGAGAUCAAAUUGAUUUCAUGAAAUUUUGUUUCUAGGUCUAUCUCCAAAAGUUGUGAAAUUGUAAUAAUGAUUAUAAUAGCAUUGAUUUUUCUUUCAAGAUAAUUCUCCAUGAAGUACAAAUGGAUUUAUUGAACAUAUAUACGUCAUCACAUUUACUGAAAACUGAAUGAAAAAACUGGGAUGUUCUUUAACUUUGAGUAGUAUGCAUGAAGUGCUGAAUUUGGGAAAUUUGGUACCACAGUCAUUUAUGGUGCAGAUGAUGUUCCAUUCUAUCCCAACAUGGUGAAUCUUGAACCACGUUUAAUCUACUCAGAAUAAGUGAAUUUGAAGUGUAUUCUCUAUGUAUCAGUGCUGGGCUAAAGUAUACAUAAACACCAGAUGGUCAGCUUUGCUUCAAGAAGUCCUUCCUCUGUACAAAAGCUUGUUUUGAUAUACCAGUAUUUACAUGUUUAGCUCCAUCAUUCCUGUGUCUUGUGUCCCAUGGAUAAAGGCGUACAGAUGCACCAGUGACACUGUUCAACAGUAUUAAUUCAUUACUGUAUGCCAGUAUAAUAUUUUUGAUACAGAAAAUCAAAGCUUUUGUAACAGAUUUAUCUUAAGUCAGUUUGAAAAUCUCUUUAAGAUCUUCCUCAGGUAAGCUGUUCUAUAGGUUAUUAUUUCAUGUAGAAUAAUAUAUCUCAAGGAAAUCAGUGUUAUGUCAUUUGAAAUUGACCAUUUAGAAUAUGUCUCCGCUGAAGAUGGUAAUCAUUAGGUAUUUUGUCUAUAAUCUCGGACUAUGUUAUCAAUGCUUUCUCAUUAACCUUUUGACAUUCAUAUUUAUGUUUGAUUUAGGAAAUCAAACAGUCACUUCUCGAGUGAAAGACAUCCAAACUCGAAUUCCAUUGGAUUUUAUCUGCUCAAUGUUAUAUAUGAACAGAAAAUAAUUUAUUGAGCAUUUUGAUUGUUCACUGUGUGUAGAGCUGAAAGGUCUCAACUUUGUGGGAAUAUUAUUAAAGGGCCUUAUAUGGUGGGAAUUUGCAGUAAUAAAAUGGGUUACAAUUUA